AUGGCAAUCAACACAGACACUGAAUUCGAGAAAUCUAAACUGGGAAAGAGCGGCGGCGCGCCCGCCAACGAGUCUCAGGAGACGGAGAAACUUCUCAGCCUCGUAACCACGGAGCCUGCUGGCGGCAACCGUAUGAAAAUGUCCUCCUCCUUUACCAUCAACGUGGGGAGCGAAAAUAACCUGGAUGCGGACCAGAACGGUCACAGUGUGCCCUUUAGGUCGGGCUCUGCGGGGCACCUGGCCGCUGCCCCCCCCUCCCCGUCCCGGGUCAGUUUGAGUCGCAGUCGCACCUCUUCCAUCGGGAACGCCGCGGUCCAAGAGGCGCAAAAGCCCAAAGACUAUCUCAUACUGUCCAGAAACAGCCUGCAGUCGGGAGACUUGGACGGAGCUAAGAGACUGGGUAAACUGGCUCGACUCCUCAGUGUCGUUUCCAUAAUCCUGGGUAUACUCACCAUAGUCGUCUGUGUAACGGUCUCUGUAACGAAGUGA